AACAAUGCAGCAGCUCUGCGUUUUUUUCUUUCCCUAUCCGCAUUCCUACAAAUUCCACCUCCUCCUGUAUGAGUGGCUAAUACUCCGCAGAGUAUCCGCUAUUAACCAAUAAAAUCUCAGAAGCCGGAUGAUAUUAACCAAUCCUAGUGCGGGGAAGGCGGGACGUAUCGGAAUACGGGUGGGCAAAAUACAACGCAGGUCUGAUUUUGGCGUUUGCUGUGUAGCUUUUCAAGGCAGACUAACGGGCUAAAAAACAGCGGUUGCGGAUGCACGGAUUUCUGCAACGCAAAAUAUUCUGGUCUUUUUAGCAGAUUAGUAGCAAAAAUGUCUGUUUUUACGGAAUGGCCCAGGUGUAAUUUGGUGUUUCUGCAUGCAGAGCUUCAGACCGGAUUGGACAUUGCAUUAAAGGCAUGCUAGAUGGCCCAUAGACCAUGAGUGGCUGGAAAGCAUAUCAUAGCCGCCGUUGCAAGCUUAUGCCGAGUGGAAGAAUGGCUCUGCCAAGCAGAAUGACGAAGAAAAAUUAAUACCAGCCAUGUCCCCAUCUGUGAUUUCAACAAGGCGCAUUCUAUUCUUGCCACUGUCCAAGGUCUCAUGUACAUCUUUGGGUAGCUUUGGAGUCUGGUUACAUAACAUAGAAAAAAGCAGCAUUAUGUUUGGACUGCAUACUUUUGAAGAUGAAGUUUGCUUUUGUUUGAAGCCCCAGUAAAGAUGAGAUUUUUUUCUUUUAGUUUAAAUUUUUUGUCUAUCUACACAUGCUUACACAACGUAGAUUGCAUUAUGGCUGCUGAAUCUCCCCAGCAACUUUAUUUAUCUGCUUGGUGUGGUGGAGAGUGACGUUUGGACAAUGCAGCGAAACGGUGGUGUCACAGGGAAUGGCAGCCAGCCAUGGGUGCUCCGGCGCGUUCGACUGACAUGGCUCAGUUUCAUGCUCUUUUUCAUUUUGGUCUUUUUCCCACUCAUUGCACAUUACUACCUCACCACAAUUGAUGAGGCAGGUGGUCCGGACAAACGCAUUUUUGGCCCACGACCUGGUGGUGAACUGUGUGAGGCGAAGCAUGUGCAAGACCUUUGCCGUAUACGAGAAUCAGUGAGUGAAGAGCUGCUUCAGCUGGAAGCAAAGCGGCAAGAGCUCAAUGGUGAAAUAGCCCGUCUCAACUUGCGGAUUGAAGCCUGUAAACGUAGCAUCGACAGUGCCAAACAGGACUUAUUACAACUAAAAAAUGUCAUCAGCCAGACAGAGCACUCCUAUAAAGAACUCAUGGCUCAGAAUCAGCCAAAAUUAUCUUUGCCAGUUAGACUGUUACCAGACAAAGAUGAUCCGGGGCUCCCUCCUCCGAGGUCUGUACAGGCCUGUCGCUUGCAUACUUGUUUUGAUUAUGCCAGAUGUCCACUUACAUCAGGGUUCCCAGUCUAUGUGUAUGACACAGGAUCAUAUCCUUGGGGAGACAAUAUUGACCCAUUGGUCAAGCAAGCUUUUGCAUCUUCUGUUAAAAGCAGUGUUUAUGUUACAGAUAAUCCAAAUAUUGCUUGUCUUUAUGUGGUGCUUGUCGGAGAAAUACAAGAUUCCUCACCCUCUCCGUCUGACUUGGAAAAGCAGCUGAAAGCAUUGCCAUUCUGGAGGUCAGAUGGUCAUAAUCACCUGCUGGUUCACCUGUCCAGGAAGUCAUUAACUCAGAACUUCUUGUACAAUGUAAGUACAGGCCGGGCAGCUAUAGCACAGUCUACCUUUCUUCAACGACAGUACAGAGAGGGUUUUGACCUGGUGGUGUCUCCACUGGUCCAUGCUCUCUCUGAGCCCAACUUUCUGGAGGUGCCUCCACAGGUUCCAGUGAAGAGGAAGUAUCUCUUUACCUUUCAAGGAGAGAAGGUGGAAUCUCUACGGAGUAGCCUGCUGGAAGCACCACCACAGUCCUUUGAGGAAGAAAUGGAGGGAGAUCCGCCAGCUGAUUAUGAUGAUCGCAUCAUUGGUACCCUUAAGGCAGUACAAGACAGCCACCUAGACCAGGUACUUGUGGAAUUUACCUGCAAGAACCGACCAAAGCCCAGUCUACCGACUGAAUGGGCACUGUGUGGGGAGCGUGAGGAUCGCUUGGAAGUGUUAAAAGCAUCUACAUUUGCUUUGGUGAUUUCUCCAGGUGAUGGGCAGCUCAUAGCAACUGCAGGGUGCAACAUGCGCCUGUUUGAGGCCCUGGAGGUUGGGGCAAUCCCUGUGGUUCUUGGCGACCACUCAAAGUUACCUUAUCACCAUCUUGUACGUUGGAGUGAGGCAGCUAUCAUGGUACCUAAGCCUCGCAUAACAGAGUUGCACUUUCUAUUGAGGAGCCUAUCAGACAACGAUUUACUGGCCAUGCGGCGGCAAGGUCGAUUCCUUUGGGAAACGUACUUUUCCACUUCUGAGAGUAUCUUCAACACCAUUCUGGCCAGUAUCCGAACCAGCAUUCAAAUACCAGCAGCACCCAUAAAGGAGGAACCUGCCCAGGAGAUUCCCCAUAAAGCUGGAAAGAUGGCAGGUACAGAUGCCAAUAUGGCUGACAAUGGGGACCUGGAUCUUGGUCCAGUAGAGACAGAACCCCCUUAUGCAUCACCUAGGUUUUUGCGGAAUUUCACCUACACAGUAUCGGAUGUCUACCGAACCUGGAAUCGUGCUCCUGGGCCUUUCCAUCUGUUCCCCCACACACCUUUAGACCCCGUUCUACCUUCAGAAGCAAAGUUUCUAGGUUCAGGAACAGGUUUCCGCCCCAUAGGUGGAGGUUCUGGAGGUUCUGGAAAAGAGUUUCAGGCUGCAUUGGGUGGAAAUGUCCCACGAGAACAAUUUACAGUGGUCAUGCUGACAUAUGAGCGAGAGGAAGUACUUAUGAACUCCCUGGAGAGGCUAAAUGGCCUUCCCUAUCUCAACAAGGUGGUGGUAGUCUGGAAUUCCCCAAAACCACCCUCAGACGACCUCCUCUGGCCAGACAUUGGGCUGCCCAUUGUGGUGGUGCGGACAGAAAAGAACAGUUUGAACAAUCGCUUCCUGCCCUGGGAUGUAGUGGAGACUGAGGCCAUCUUGUCCAUUGAUGACGACGCCCAUCUGAGACAUGAUGAAAUCAUGUUUGGGUUCAGGGUGUGGCGAGAGGCCAGAGAUCGGAUUGUGGGCUUCCCAGGGCGGUUUCAUGCCUGGGACGUCAACCACCAGUCUUGGCUCUACAACUCCAACUACUCUUGUGAACUCUCCAUGGUGCUGACAGGCGCCGCCUUCUUCCACAAGUACUACGCCUACCUGUAUUCCUAUGUGAUGCCCCAGGCCAUCCGAGACAUGGUGGAUGAGUACAUCAACUGUGAAGACAUUGCCAUGAAUUUCCUGGUGUCGCAUAUCACACGCAAACCCCCUAUCAAGGUGACGUCUCGUUGGACAUUCCGCUGUCCCGGCUGUCCUCAGGCACUGUCUCACGACGACUCGCACUUCCAUGAGCGUCACAAGUGCAUCAACUUCUUUGUCAAGGUGUACGGUUACAUGCCGCUGCUCUACACACAGUUCCGGGUGGACUCUGUCCUCUUUAAGACUCGACUCCCGCACGACAAGACCAAAUGCUUCAAGUUUAUUUAGAGGGACCAAAAGAGGACAUACAGACACCUCCUCUGACAGACAGGAGAUUUUAUCUGACACAAGUCAAAUGAAGGGAGAACUACUACAUAAAAGCAUUUUAUUUUAGUUUAUAUGUAUAUCAGCAACCACUACUGGUCUCAUUCGCACCACUUUCAACAGUCUUGGAAAAGAGGUGGAUAAGAGGCGAGGACACUUUAAUGGCUUUCAGACUGAAUGCUUUGGAACUGACAGAAUGGUAAAAGACACGGGCAAAAGCUUCCUGUCUCAUUGCACUCUUUAUUUUUUAACCCAUUCUACAUUUAUAUAUCUAUAUAUAGUGCUUGUCAUAUGCAAGAGAAGAUAUACUCUUGUAUAUGACAAGCACAUUUCUGCAGGUCACAGAAAUUUUAUUUGUGUGUGUGUGUGUGUGUGUGUGUGUGUGUGUGUGUGUGUGUGUGAGGAGUUUUGAAAGAGGAGUUUUGAAAGAGGAAUUUAAAGUCACCAGACCUCAAAGAUAGACUGACAAAAGUGCAGAAAUGAAAACACUACAUGGUUGGGCGAGCGAUAAUCAUUCUGAAUACUCUCUCUCCUGCGUGUCGGUGAUCAUUAGGCUCGACAGUGUGUACACACUCGCUUCAUCAGGUCUCCUUAGGCAUGUGCCGAUAUCACAUUAUCAUAUCAGAAUACUCGCUUAAACUUUUCACACUUUAUGAUGUUAUCACAGCUGGCAGCUUACCGAUCACUCAUCUGCUGAACAGGAUUAUGAGAUACACAUGACACUGACUUUGUAGAUUUGUAGAAGACAGCUGUCCUGAUACUGCUUUCCCAACGGGAUUGGCUUUAGCUCAGGAGCACAAAUACCGCACAAAAACGCUGCCUACGUAGGCAACUGCUUUCUGGAUUGAAUGUAAUGGGAAUGACAGUAAUUUAAAGUUUCAACAAUAACAACAUACUGCAUGGUAAAUAUGUAAGACACAAAAGCUACCAAACCUUCCUAUUAUCAGAAAAUAACAAAUGAGGUGGAGGUGAAGAACACCACAAAAAUGAGGUCUUUGUCUGAUAUCGCCACACCUGCUGAUCGGCGUUUGAACAAACUGGGGUUUUGUGUAGGUUUUGCUCCCUCACAACUCACUAUCAUGUUAUUUAAGUAACUUUGAACUCCCUCCACCCCACAUAGGAAACAGUUUUACAGUUGUUGCUAUGGUUAUAUCUCUAAGCCGUUACCUCCCUCUAUUAUUGUCACUUUUAAUUAUGACAUUUCUGCACACUGCAGUCUAUAAAUGAUUGUUUUCUGUAUAAAUCUGUAUAAAUGUCAUUCAUUCCCCCCUUAUUUCAUUUAGCAGCUCAAUAGUGAAACGUGAUUAGGUACUGUGUUUACAGUAAUAGUAAUUCUGACCUAUACAAUGCACUAUGUCAUUGUCAGACUCUAAGAACUCAAAAUUUUCUGAAAGCUUCCACUUAAGUGUGUGAUGUGACGUUAUGAACAAACAUGACUGAAAAGACGGCAGCCACGUCAAUGCUUAAUCAUUUUCUAGUAUUGACUACAUGAUGAAUGAGAAUAGUUUAGCUUUAUAUCUACAAACCUGGGAAAGAGGUCAUGGUGUUGGGUGUGUCUUCAUAAAAACAACUUCAAGAAUGACUGAGCUGUCAUUUGUAGUUACUGAGCUGAACACACUGACACGGCAAGGCUAAAAAGUUAUUAUGAACAUUGUCAUGGUUACAUCUCAACAUGGUUAGAUGGUAUGAGUUAUAUAAGUAUGGCUAGUUCAUGCACAUGGUACCAAAGAUAAAUAAUGAAAGGAAAUAACACCAGUAAAGGUCAAAUACUGAGAAAGAUGAUUUGACAAUUAGACACUUGCUUUCCCCAGAAAUACAAUGCAUUAAAACUCAUCUGUUGUUGUUACUUCAGUCAAUUUAGAUGACAUGCAUUUCUUUAGAGAUAUAAGAUAAACUGUGUUCAACAGUGCAGACUUGAAACAGCACUCAGUGUGGGAUGAUAAAGAAUUUUCAUAUCCUAAAACCUUUGGCUAGACUUAUUACAGUUUAAAGUAUUAGCAUGAUGUUAAGUUUAAAACUAUACAUUUAACACUUACAGUUGGGUGAACUAUAUUUUAAGGGUGGCAUGGUAGUGCCUAAUAGCUCCAGGGUCCCAAGUUCAAUCCUGAGCUUGGGUUACUCUCUGUGCAUGUUCUCAUCAUGUCUGCAUAGUUUUCCCCCAGGUUCUCAAGUUUCCUCCCAAAAACAUGCCAAUAGGUGGAGUGCUAAAAUACUAAAUUGCCCUUCGAUUUCCUUAGUGUGUGUGAAUAUAUGCAUGCAUGAUGCCCUGUGAUGGACUGGCAUCCCAUCCAGAGUGUGUUCCCCCCUCCGGAUCCGGGUUCAAUGCGACACUGACUUGGAUAAAGCAGCUACUGACGAUCAAUGACAACAUUUUAACCAAAACAAAAUCCAUCACAUUUUUCCUAGUUUCAUAGAAGUUACAGUAGUUUGGGGGGAUGUAGUGGCUCAGCGAGUUAAGGCUUUGGGCUGCUGAUCAGAAGAUCAUGAGUUCGAAGCCUAGUGCUGCCACAAAUGAGGAAAUUUUAGGAGAAAUGACAGCGUAUCGUGUAACUGAUUAUCAGCACAUGCCUAAGCAGCACAGAGGAUGUUGUCCUUUGUAUUUCUGAUUUGCCCGUCUCAUGUUUGUCCUGUCCUUUGCUCAAAUAGUUGAUGUGAAGUUGGAGUGAAGACCUCAGGUCUGAAUACUAGCACAAUUCUGGAGGAUCAUGCUGCGUAUAAAUACUGCGUAAGAAUUACUGGCACAAUCUGAACUCGUUGUUUCAAAACGGUACUUUGUUUCCUCAUUGAACUGUUAAAUCCAAAAUGCCUCCAUGAACAUGAACUGAUGUUUGCAUUACAAUGCUAAUUUCUGUCUUGAACUGUAUAGUGCAUAGAGGUUUCUGCAUUGUAAAUCCAUUAGGUCUUUUUUUAAUAUGUUAUUGUAUGUUUCAGGUCAUGAAUGCCUUUUAUGGAACCUUUUUAUACACCUAAUGACUGUGUAUGUAUAAAUUUGUUGAGGUUUAAGUAAUGUGUGUUUUUUUUUGUCCCUGUAUUGCCACUUGAGCAUGGAGAUUGAGGAGGCGAGGAAGCAGAAGCACAGCAACCUGACUGACAGACUUGUAUCAUUAGUGUGAUCCUCGUAAACACUAAUAAACCAGCCCGUGCCAUUUGUCUCUGGAA